AUCUUUGAGUCGCUCUUCCUAGAGUCUCAUGGACUCAGCCAAUCUGAAUGCUGUGACGAGGAGAGGCAGGAUCCCAAUAUUUAACACACGGGGCACUGAUACAUCUACACCUGUCACUGACUGCUCCUCAUGAAGAACUAAUGCACUUUAUCUCGCUCCUCACAUACUGAAGAUAUCCACACAUGGGACUGUCGAUCUGACAUCCGUGCUGUUCUUGAGAAGUCACAGCGGCGAUUUCCUCGUGUUUUGUUAUUAUUUACCGGGACAUUUUACAGAUGCGCAUUAUCAUGAACCUGUAAGGAUGCGACAGGACAUCUGAACCUCACCUAAAAUCAAAAUCGCGCUACUCGCAACUAUGCCGAAAAGAAAUCUUUCUUUAUAUCUUUCUGGAAACCGCGGGAUGCAGAAGAAGAUUUUCGCACCUAUUUGAACAUGGAUCUCCCAUCAUAACGCGGAUUACAGUAGGACACCACAUGCGCCCCUGAAUCUCUUUAUUAUAUAGCCUGUAUCAUAUUGUGGCAAGUGCUUUAGGUAUAAAGAUGAUCCUAUUUCGUAAAUUUCGCGUGUUGAUUUUAAUGGUGUUUCUAGUCGCCUGCACCAUGCACAUCAUGAUAGACCUGUUACCCAAGCUGGAGAAGCGCGCGGCGGGAUCGAGCUCCAGCGCUGGAGGUGGAGGCGGCUGCUCCUGCGCUCACACACCGGGCGAGGAGCCUCGAUCCUGGGCCAAACAGCGCUCCAGAGCCGCCGCCGCCGAUCCGGGCUGGCCUAAUAAACACUCUUUGAGACUACUGCAGGAUUUCAGCAAUGAACCCAACUCCAACCUCACUUCGCACUCGCGGGAAAAGGUGACAGAGAGAGCCGAGUCUGAAAAGAGAGUGAGACAGCCGCAGCUGGGCUCGGACAAGAGGGUUUUGAUGAGAGAUACGGUGAGCGGACAGAAGCAGAGAGCUGUCCAGGGUUCCUCCAGAUUGAAGGCGCUCUAUGAGCAACCCCUCUAUAAGACCGACCUGCCUCAUCUCUCUGACGAUGACACCUUGUUCAACCUCAACAGUGAUGUCAGAUUCUACCCCAAAGCUGCCGGACAACAAGAAUGGCAUAACGAGGGGAACGUGGAGGCGGAGGAGUACAGUCCGACAGGGGAGGCCACUGCUGAGUCAUAUCCCAACUGGCUCCGCUUCCACAUCGGGAUUAACCGAUACGAGCUCUACUCCAGACACAACCCCGUCAUCGGUGCCCUGCUGAAGGACCUGGUCUCCCAGAAGAUCACCAGCGUAGCUAUGAAGUCAGGUGGCACUCAGCUGAAGCUCAUCAUGUCAUUCCAGAACUAUGGACAAGCACUGUUCAAACCUAUGAAACAAACCAGGGAGCAAGAAACACCCCCAGACUUCUUCUACUUCUCUGACUUUGAGCGACACAACGCAGAGAUCGCUGCGUUUCAUCUGGACAGAAUCCUGGAUUUCCGGAGAGUUCCCCCAGUGGCCGGCAGGCUGGUGAACAUGACACGUGAGAUCCGAGACGUGACCCGUGACAAAAAGCUCUGGCGGACAUUCUUCGUAUCCCCAGCCAACAACAUCUGCUUCUAUGGUGAGUGCUCCUACUACUGCUCCACAGAACAUGCCCUAUGUGGGAAGCCCGACCAGAUUGAGGGCUCCCUGGCUGCAUUUCUUCCUGACUUGGCACUAGCUAAGCGCAAGACCUGGAGGAACCCCUGGCGCCGCUCCUACCACAAACGCAAGAAAGCUGAGUGGGAAGUGGAUCCGGACUAUUGUGAUGAAGUCAAACAGACUCCUCCGUAUGACCGAGGCACACGACUCCUGGACAUCAUGGACAUGACUAUUUUUGACUUUCUAAUGGGCAACAUGGAUCGCCACCAUUACGAGACUUUUGAGAAGUUUGGAAAUGAGACUUUCAUUAUUCAUUUGGACAACGGCAGAGGAUUUGGAAAGCAUUCACACGAUGAAAUGUCCAUCCUGGUCCCUUUGACUCAGUGCUGCAGAGUGAAGAGGUCGACGUACCUGCGGCUACAGCUGUUGGCCAAAGAGGAGUUCAAGCUGAGCUCUCUAAUGGAGGAAUCGCUACUGCAGGACCAGUUGGCACCCAUCCUCAUCCAGCCCCACCUAGAGGCCAUGGACCGCCGACUGCGCCUGGUGCUCAAAGUGCUGGCUGACUGCAUGGAGAAAGAAGGCUUCCCAUCAGUGGUAGAGAACGACCUGGACGGACAGCCCUCCUCGCACCACCACCAGGCGCACGGAGGGAGGUAAUGAGGCCUGAACCUCGGUUCCCGCCAGUCAGUCCCCCACCAUGAGCCCCACCGAGGCUUGUGCUCGAGUCACACUCUGAAUUCAGUGAAUUCCACACCACCAAUGCCUCUGAGGAGCCACCCUAUUGUGUGUGUAGAUGCAGAACUCUGGGACGAAGACAUCGUUUCUGGAUGGCCGAGGCUUUUCUGUUGCAUCCUGAUCUGUUUGACAAGUCUGCUGAUAUCAUUUAUUACAUUUCCAUAUUUCGAGUUGGCAAGUGUACAGACAAGUUGGUACCAAAAGCUGAAACAGAUGAUUUUGUUACUCAGAUCUAUAUAUUCAAACACAAAUGUGCUCAUGUAGGUCUUUGAUGUUAGGGCACGUAAACAAGCUUUAAUGAUAGUACUGCAGUGCAGUACUACUGUGCAAGGACACUUCAACGCAUCCUUCCCUGUGCGUUCACAAUUCGACUUCAUUUCCUGCCAUCUGAACUAAGCCAUCGUUUCAAUUGCACAUUGUGCCAUCAAGCCUUCAAUCAUCGUGUCAGAUUCGGCACGUUUGUUAUUUCACUUAAGGUGAAGUGCGCGCUUCAUUUGCAGUUAUUCAGUGGUGAAGCACGUGUUUAAACAUCUCUGUGGAGAAGGAGAGAAUCCCGCUGAUUGGUUCUUCAGGCGUCCUGUGCCCACAGUCAGUGUUUCUCAUCUCAGGCCUCAUGCUGAAUACACCUGCGCCCUCUAAAUGAGAACCUUAAGGACGGGCUGAUGCUAUGCUAGCGGAAGUUCAUAAUGAUGUUAGUCGUACUUCACACUGCAGGUAUCUCGAGUCUCUUCUGGUGGAGUGAUUUCAGUGCUUGAUUAUAGAGUAGGGCACAGGCUCGAGGGAAUGAAACAAACCAAUCGGUCCUAACCAGGAAACAGCAAACGAUAAGUCCUUUCAUGUUAAAAUGAGUUUUUGUCCUAACCAGGGGAGUCCAAACCUGCUCCUGGAGGGCCACUGUCCUCCAAUGUACUACAAAACACCUGCCUGGGUGUUUCUUGCAGGCCUAAAGAGCUUGAUUAGCUGGUUCAGGUGAGUUUAUUUAGGGUUGGAGCUAAACUCUGCAGGACAGUGGCCCUCCAGGAGCAGGAUUGGACACCUCUGUACAAGACAUUUUGGUUGGUUUCUUUUUCUUCUGAGUCUAUUUCUUUAGCUUUGCCAACAGUGAACUCUCACUGGUCCGAAAUCCUGCUUCACAUAUUUGUGUAUUAUGCUGCGUUCCAUUCAGUCAGACGUGGGAUCUGAUCUCUCAUCCGUUUCAUUGCUCCGAGAACAUAACAUAGCAAACCAAAUGCUCCUUCCGGUGUUUCAUGGUCUAUGAAGAUGUGUCCUAGAAAUUCGGGAGUUUGGGGAGGUUACAUAAUAGCACUCAGUGUAAGCAUUUGUUGUUCUGUGAUUAUUAACAGAGAGGAUCAAUCACAGUGUUUUACACACGUUUCUCUGGUUUUAUUAUCAUGAAAUAUGGGAACGUGGACUCAUUAAUGCAUUAACUUACAGUCGAAUGUUUAGCAUUAACAGUGUAUAUCUCCCUGUGUGCUGCAAUGUUAGCGUGAUCAUAUAUCCAUAUCUACUCUACACAAAUGUGGCGUUCCAUUGCACUACUCCAAAUAUGAUUUUAGACAUUUUGCCGAUAGCCUUGUGGGCAGUGCGCCGACAUACAAUGCCGUUGCGUUACAGGUGUCCCGAGUUCGAAACCCGACUCGAGGACCUUUCCCGAUUCCCGCCCCCACCCCUCUCUCUCCCACUCCGCUACCUAUCAG